AUGCAACGCGUCCCAUUUUGUGGCACCUGUUGCAAGCCUUACGCCUUACAAGGCUCUGGAAAACCCGUGGGACAGCGCAUUCCGAAAUUAUUGGACUGUUCGCAUACUCUUUGUCAAGGAUGUGUUACAAAAAUCGCUGGGAAUCAAGCACAUGUUUUGAAUUGCCCAACGUGCAAAGAACAGACUGUGUUGUCAGGCGGUAAGAAAAACAUUAAAAAUUUACCUACUAACUUGUAUAUCCUUGGUAUUUUGAUCAAUAACGUAAGGGCAAAUAUCGAAAACGACAUAACAAAGGAUGAACUGCUCGAUUUUGAAUUUGAGAAGGGUUUUACAAAGGCUGGGGGGCGAAAUGAGCCCAGGGACGGAGGGGUGGCCCCAGAAGUGGCCCAGGCCGAGGAAAAUGCGAAAGUUUGUGACGAAUGUUCUGAAAAUGCCGCGAUAAGUCAAUGUCAAAAGUGUGAAGCGAUAUUUUGUGAAAGUUGUUUCGAUUCCAUUCAUAUGUCUUCUCGUACGCUCCGCUCUCAUAAAGCCAUCCCCUUAGCUUUGACCCACUUAUUCGGCGUGACGACCCAAACGUGCGAAACCCAUGAGGGGCGAGAGCUGGAGUUUUACGACCACACCGAUGGGAAACUCAUCUGCUCAUUAUGUAUAGUAACCCCCGCCUAUCAGGGUCAUAAGAUAGUUUCCGCCCACGAAUUGACUAACGAGAUUACAGAUAAAAUCAAGCAAAGUCUUCAGAAUGUUAAGAAAGUCCAUGCCCAGUUGCAAAAGUCGAAGGGAAAGCUGUCGUUGUUGUCUCCUGAAAUUAAAACCGAGUUCAGUGAUGUCGUGCAACAUAUUCGAGAGCAUUUUCAAGAUCUGCAUACGAAAUUGCAAGCGAGAGAGGUCAACCUUAUCAAAGCAGUGAAAGAUGCGUAUUGCAGCAAAACUUUCCCAGCCGAACUAACUGAAGAAGUGAACCGACAGAGUGAGGAAAUUGGAACAUUGAUCAACCAAGUUAACACAGCAUUAUUUGCCCCUUCAAUCAUGAUGAAAGUUGGGGAAACCCUCUUGUCCAAAAUGGCCGAUUUUGAAGAUAUUCCAUGUGUUCUCCCAGAAUCGUUCCUACAUGAUCUUGUCAAGAUUUCCUAUUCGAAAGAAUUCCAGGAUGCCUUGAAUUCCUAUGGUACCAUUGUAUCGGAAAGUUCUAGCCUGAAGCUGAAUAAGAUUUCUGAGCAACCUGAUGAUUUCGAUGAAAACGAAGAGCCAUCUGCUGUUGUAAGUACGAAGCCCGGAGACUAUCCGAAGGCAAACAUAGCCCAAACUAGAUCCGGUCCGACUAUACUAACUAUGCCCUCGCGUCAAAAUUUAGUGACAGUUUCGCACAUCAGUACCCCUACAGACUUUUUCAUUCAACAUGUUGCCGAUUCCGAAAGGCUUGAAAACCUAAUGGAUGCCAUUCAAACUCGCUGUGAAGGAGCCAAGAGUAUGAAUGAUGCAGUCAAGACUACCCAAGUGGGAGACCUGGUUUGUGCCAAGGGUGAAAGCGACGACUGGUGGUACCGUGCUAGAAUCAUUAGUGAGCAACAACAAGCCAGCGCACCCAAGGGUCGUAACCAACCCCUACCGAAGGUUAAAGUUUACUUCAUUGAUUAUGGCAACACGGAAGUGGCGCCCCUGAACAGGCUUCGUAAGAUACCACCCAACUUCGCCGACCUUCCAGAGCUUGCCACAAACUGUUCAUUGGUAGAUAUUGUACCUCCAGGACAAUGCAAGACAUGGCCUAAUGGGUCAAUCAAAGCAUUGGGGAGCAUGGUCCGUGACAAGCACCUCCUUAUGGCUGUCAUAAAGAAAAGAGGUGGAAAGCUCCUUGUUGAUUUGAAGAGUCCCGAUACAGAUCGGAGCACAGCUAGUGACAAGCCUGCAUCUGUUCGUGAUGCCCUUGUUUUCCUAGAAGUUGCACAUUUUACUAGUCCAGCAUCAGUUCCAAACCCAGAUGUUGCGUUUCCAGUUCAUACCUUCCCGAACGUUACUUUACCCAAAGAAGGCGAAACAUUACAAGUGACAGUGACGUACACGGAAACACCAGAUGCUAUGUAUGUUCAGAAGUAUAAUGGAGCAGAGUAUGAUGAUAUGUUGAAAAUACUACAACAAAUGUUGAAUGUAUAUACAUCCAAAAGUGGAGAUCAGUGGCAGAUAGGUUGGCCAUACAAAGAUAUGGUUUGUGCUGCGAGAUACAGCGAAGAUCAGAAUUGGUAUCGUGCUUUGGUCAAGGAUGUUUCUGCUGUCAAGAGUGUGAAAGUCCUCUUCGUUGACUUUGGGAAUUCUGAAGAGUUGCCCUUCAGCGAGAUUCGUCGUCUUCCAGAUCACCUGUCAAAACUACCAACACAAGCUAUGAAGUGUCGUUUGGCUGGAAUAAAGCCUGCUGAUCAAGGAGAAGGAUGGAGUAAUGAAUGCGGUUCCUUUCUUAAUGAUAAUUGUUUCCUGCAUCCAUACCGCAUGAAAGUCAUUGAAACUGAAGGUGACGAGGAACCAAUGUCAGUUGUUUUGUACCUACCAACUCCCCAGGAAGCUUCGUCACUUAACCAUCAGCUGGUCCUUAGUUCUCAUGCAGCUUUAUCAACUGAUGCGGAAUGUCUUGAGACAGCCAGUGUUGAGGAACCAUCCUCACCAGCAAGCAAUGCCAGCACACGAGCCAGCGAGGCUGAUGAUAGUACCUCGAGCAUCAACAAUGAGCAACGAAAAUUACUUUUCCCUCAAAGAUUAUCUUACAUGCCGGUUGACAUGCCUGAAAGCAACCAAUUCCAGUUUCUUGUGACUUAUGUUGACAAGGAUUGUACCAUAUCUGGUUUCCAGCCCGAUAAGCGUGAUCAUUCGCUAGCAGAUCUGAUGAGACAUAUGCAAAAGAUUUGUAAAGGUAAAGACGGCCCUUCGGUGACCCAAGACCAGUUGUCCUUUAACCAACCAUGCUGUGCUAAAUAUUCUACCGACAACGAGUGGUAUCGAGCACAGAUUGUCAGUUUCCCAACGUCAUCGACAGUCUUGGUCGACUAUGUUGACUUCGGUAACAGAGAGGAAAUACCUCUAAAAAGCAUCAGUCUCAAUGCGGCUUUUCUCGAUAUACCAAAGCAGUGUAUAGCAAGCAAACUUGAAGGUCUUCCUCAAACACCAGUUGAACAAGAGAAAGUUUCCAAGUUGCUCGAAGGCUUGUUGGUCGGGGAGAUAUGCGAAGCAGUUACAUCAACAAAGUUUACCAUAGAUGGUGUGAUCAAUAUCGAACAUUUGACUUUACCAGAUGGAAGAGAUGCUGUUGAUGCUGCAAGAGACAUGAUGAUGAGACAGCGUAAAAAACUGGAAGAAAAACCCCGUGUAAGUCAGCCGCUAAAACAGUCCACAGCUGUAGAAACUCGACAAGAUGAAAAGAGAAUGAGCGAGAAAAUGAAGUCUCGACCAACAAAGUCCAUACUUGCUGAUACUGUUCUUCCAGCUGAAGGCAUACCAUUUGAUGUUGCCGUGACUCAAAUUAACUCCAAAAGUGUUGUGUUCCUCCAAAGAGAAAUUCCGUCUGAAGACAGCCCCAGAUUAGCUGUUGGUCAUGAUCCUACUCAUAUCAUUGCUUGCGAUCACUUACACCAAAUGCUGGACAUGUCUAACAAAAUCAACUUGGAGAAUUACUUCAAUGGCAAGCCAAAUGUCAGCGACGUUUGGAGUAAUAUGUUGUGCUGUGGGAGAUACACAGAAGAUGAUUUAUGGUACCGCGCACAGGUUAUCGAAGUGGUUACAAAUGACCCGUUGCAAGCCCGUGUGCUUUAUGUUGAUUAUGGAACGUCUGAAGUGAUUGGAUUGGAGAGGAUGAAGGCAUUUGCGGCAGAGUUAGCGUCACUGCCCAAACAAGCAUUUCAAUGUACUGUGAUCGGACUGAAUGAGGAGAAUGGUGAUUCUGAUGAUGAUAUUGAUUCCUUGGCGAAUGCAGUGACUGACAAAAAACUUAUCUGCAAAGUUGUGAGUUUUGGACCACCAAUUCUUGUCGAGCUGUAUGAAAGAGUGUUUAAUGAAGAGUCUUAUGAAGAUGUUCCAAUAAGCCAAAGAGUGUCAGAACUUGAUGUUAUGGCUGAUGAAUUUGAAAAUGAUGCGGAUGAGGAUACUACGAGUAGCGAAGAAUUAAGUGAAAAGGAGGAAACGGUUGCAGCGAAAGAAGAAAAUGAGCAGGUGGACGGUGAAACAGAAGAUUUCACAAGCGAUGUUAACCCAGUCGGAGAUUGGUACUCGGAGUGUGAAGAGACUUUCAUGACAUAUGAUCGAGAAGGACUGUCGACUCGGCCGCAGCUAUUAACACCGGCUCAGUUCUUAUUGAAGAAAGAAAAUGUGGUCGAGCAUGAAAAGACCAUCGAGGUACAAGAAGAAUCCGAAGUUGAUUGA